AUGGCACGCCUCUCGCUCGCAGACUGGCCCUCGGCCGACCCAGUGAUCCGGCUCCCGCACCCAUAUCUCACUCCAUACUUCAGCACAUCUUCAAGCAAGGCAACGUCAUCAUCCUCGACCAAGCUGUACCAGCUGAGCACACCUGAGCAGCCCGACUCCCAGACCCAGACCCCCCCAGAACCCCUUCACAGCGAGACUCUUCACUUCAGCGAGCCCGAGGACCUCAAGUCUAGCCAACUCCCUCCUCAGUCCAACAACACAGCAUGGGCGCGCGCACGACGGUCGCCGUCGUCCAGCCUCGUCUGGGACGGUGAUGCCGCGCCGACACUGGCCCGGGUGUGGCUCAUUAUCUACGUGCUGUUCACAAUCCGACCAGAUGAGGAAUUCAUCCGCCUCAGCCUGGAGGGUGAGGGCCACGAGGCGCUCGCCAACCAACUGCGCGCCACCAUGCUGGCUGUGAACCACCCGUCUGACAACAGCCAGAAAGUCGGGACAACCGAUGAGUUGGUGCUGCUACGCGCAUCCUUCUGGCAGGGCGCAGGCUCGCCGUUCGGCGCGCGCGGCGCGUGGGUGCCGUCGGACGUGCCCGGGACGGCGUACGCCUCAGCGGCAGUGCCGGCGCUGACAUACGUGAUGACCUCGGACGCAGGCGCGACGCAGGUAUGGCACCCGCGGCGGGCGCCCAAGCCGCGGCCGGGGAGCGUCAUCUACUCGCGGUGGGUGCCGCACCUGCGCGAGAACUUCAGCAUGGUGUCGCUGGACCACACGGACGCGGCGCACGUGGGGCUCUUCCACACGUGGCAGAACGACCCGCGCGUCAGCCAGGGGUGGAACGAGACGGGCACGCUGGACCAGCACCGCGAGUACCUGCGGCGCAUGCACGAGGACCCGCACCAGCUGGCGGUGCUGGCGUUCUUCGACGGCGUGCCGUUCGCCUACUUCGAGAUCUACUGGGCGCGCGAGGACAAGCUCGGCGCCUACUACCCCAGCCGCGACUUCGACCGCGGCCGCCACAGCCUCGUCGGCGACGUGCGCUACCGCGGUGCCCACCGCGUCGGCGCCUGGUGGAGCAGCCUCAUGCAUUACCUGUUCCUCGACGACCCGCGCACGACGCAGGUUGUCGGUGAGCCAAAGUUCACAAACUCGACUGUGCUGGCCUAUGACCUCGUUCACGGCUUCAGCGUUGACAAGUUUGUCGAUCUACCUCACAAGAGAAGCGCCCUGAUGCGCUGCUCCCGCGAGCGAUUCUUCCAGAUCUGCCCGCUGGCCGAGGACGAGCGGGAGAGGAAGCAGAAGGUGGUCGGCGGGACCUCGGUUGGCUUGGUGCCGAAGCUGUGA